CCAAAACCCUAAAUUUUUCAAUUUGAUGAAACCCACUAUGUCCUCUCUCAGUUCCUCAAUACCGGCAAACCCCAACGAAGCAACUCGUAGCUUACAAACUGCAGCGUCUCCGCGGGAAUCCGGAGAGAUUCACGUGAUCGUGGGACCCAUGUUUGCCGGAAAAACCACCACUCUUCUCCGCAGAAUCAAGUCCGAGAGCAGUCAUGGCAGAAAUGUAGCAUUAAUAAAAUCAAACAAAGAUACAAGAUAUGGAUUGGAUUCAAUUGUGACUCAUGAUGGUGAGAAAUUGCCAUGUUGGCCAUUGGCGGAUCUGUCAUCAUUCACACAAAGAUUUGGUCCUGAAGCUUAUGAUAAGCUAGAUGUGAUCGGUAUUGAUGAAGCACAAUUUUUUGAAGACCUUUAUGAUUUCUGCAGCAAAGCUGCUGAUCAUGAUGGUAAAACUAUAAUAGUUGCUGGUUUGGAUGGUGACUAUUUGAGGUACUAUUUCUGUUUAUCUUCAUGUAUUUCAAAUGUUUAAUGCCCUUUUCAUGUACCAAAGGGAAGUACUUUUUGC